AUGGAAACCGCACGCACGACUUUGAGCUCGUCCGCCAGAGCCCACAUACUCUCAGCCGUCGUCAAGAUGUUCUUGGCCCGCAUGAGGAGCCUCUCUGCCGAUGUCAGCAGCGUCUCAGCGAGAAUCGACGCCGUCAGCGAGAGAGCCACCGCCCUCUCCGCCGCCGCUCGCGAGGCCAUUGCCGAAGGCGAGACGCGCUCAGCCGCUCUCGCCGCCGCCCGAGCGAGAGCCACCAGCUUCUCCGCCGUCCCCAUUCCUCCUUCCGAAGUGGCCAGCAUGGCCGCCGCCGCCGCCGAAAUACCGGCGCUCACCGCCGCCCUCCGCAGCGCGACCGACAGGGUCACCCACCUCACCGCCGCCACCCAAGCGGCCAAUGCCGAAUUCGACGUGCUCAGCGCCGAAAUGCAGACGCUGACGACCGCCGUCGGCGAGGCGCAUGCCACGGCUACACGCCUCGCUGCUACCGUCCGCGCGGCCAGGGCCGAGUUGGGCAUCGUCCCCGACUGGGUGCGCGAGCUCUUCCCCGGCUCCGCCGCCGACGACGACGAGGAGGGCCAAGCCAUAAUCGAAAGCCUCGCGGCUGAAACGUCGUCUUCUGGCACCACCGACGACGAAACGCGCCGCCGUGACGAUGCUGCCGAGGUCGACGAGUUGGUCAGCGCCGCGAGCCUGGACGUGGCCCUUGAGGACUUGACGGACUUUGCACUGAUUGUGGCCAGGCUCUUCUACCUCGAACAGAACUUUGACCGUGAGGAGUAA